UCAUUUCAAUUGUUUUGCUUAUCUCUCGCCCAAGGUACAACUUUCCGUUGACAUAUCGAAUUAAUUCAACACCAAGCCCGGGUAGGCAUUCACCGCUAUAUAUAUCGCCCUUCCGUUUCAACAACAAUAACAAUAACAACGACUUAAAUUCCACCCAACCUAGACCGCAAAAGCAGCAAUGCCCCUCGACACCUCGACCUACGACCUCGCGCUCCUGCGCGUCGACGGCCGCCGCUGGAACGAGCUGCGGCGUCUGCACGGGCAGAUCCGCACGCAGGCCGCCGCGGACGGGUCGUCGUACCUCGAGAUGGGCAACACGAAGGUCAUGUGCGUGAUCACGGGCCCCAGCGAGGACGCCGGCAAGCGGCGGGGGGGAUCAGCGUCGUCGGCGUCGGCGUCGACGGCGCCCGGGGGCACGAAUGGCGCCGACGUCGUCGUGAGUAUCGUGGUGGGGGGAUUUAGUUCCGUUGAUCGGAAGAGGAGGGGGAGGGGGGAUAAACGCACCCAAGAGCUCCAAGCAACGAUCGCCAAAGCCCUCGCCGCAACCCUACACGUGAACCUCUAUCCGCGCUCGACGAUAGGCGUCUCUCUGCACGUCCUCAGCCAAGACGGCUCGCUGCUCGCAGCCCUCAUCAACGCCGCCACGCUCGCGCUCGUCGACGCCGGCGUGCCCAUGACCGAUUACCUCGUGGCGUGCACGGCGGGCAGUACGUCGACGCACUCGGCUGGCGACGAGGGCGCCGACCCGCUCGUCGACCUAAACACGCAAGAGGAGCAGGAGCUGCCGUUCCUGACGCUCGGGACACUGGGGGCCACGGAUAAGAUCGCUGUCUUGGUAUGCGAGACGCGCGUGCAGGUCAGUAGGCUCGAGGGUAUGAUGGCGUCGGCUGCGGACGCGUGUAAAGGUGUGCGCAACUUUCUAGACCAGGUCGUGCGUGAAAAGGGACAUAAGAUGGUAACAGAGGGCACGAUUAAGAAAGGUGCUAGUAUGGCGAUGGAUAUCGAUGUCUAGGGUUUAUGUUAUAGUCAAG